GCACAGUUUGUGCUGAAUACAAAAAAAAAUUACAUGUUGGUCAAUAAUAUGUUUUAAGUAGCUGAAAUAAGCACAAAUAUCAGGGCAUGUCAAAACAUCUCAAGGGCUUCAAAAUGACCUUAGACCCCAGAGGGUUAAUGUAUUUUUAACCCUCUGGGGUCGACAAACGCGGAUACGCGUUUUGUGGCAGAUUUUCCUGAUAAGGCCGAAAUGAGCUUGAAUUACUUUGCCAUUUUUGAUCGUACAGAUAAGAGCAAUACACCAUUCGAAUCUGUAAGGGGUCUACUUUUAUUUGUAUACACUCAUAAUAACAACUAAACUUUGUGCUUUUGAAGAAUAAAGAAAACAAACAGGGUGCGCUUUCUGCCUUCUCUGUCAAAUGUUCAACUACACUGAUAUUCUAUGGUACAACAAGCUCCUAGACUACUGAUUAUGUUUUUUUUCUUCAUGAAUCCAUGGAAAGUAGAAGAAACACUUAAAUAAAACACGUAAAUAUCAGGUAUGAUUUACGUGCUUCACCUGUUGGACAGAAUCUGUUGCAAGAAUGACACACUACCAGGCCAAACUUUUUGAACAGCUAUAUGGCUGUAGUAUCACUGCUCAGUCUUGUGAGUGUUUGUCAUCAGCUCUACAAUCCUCAAACUCCUGUCUGAGAGAGCUGGACCUGAGUAACAAUGACCUGCAGGAUUCAGGUGUGAAGCUGCUUUCUCACGGACUGAAGAGAAACUGUAAGCUGGAGAUACUGAGGUUUUCCAUAUGUAAUCUCACUGUUCAGUCCUGUGAGAGUUUGUCAUCAGUUUUACAAUCCUCAAACUCCCGUCUGAUAGAGCUGGACCUGAGUAACAAUGACCUGCAGGAUUCAGGUGUGAAGCUGCUUUCUCACGGACUGAAGAGAAACUGUAAGCUGGAGAUACUGAGGUUGUCAGGCUGUAUGGUGACGGAGGAAGGCUGUGGUGUUUUUCUAGCUGAGAUGCUUUGUGUGGAUCAUGGAGGAGAAUCCAGAAUUACAGCAGGACUACGCAAAUAUCCCCAUCAGCUCACUCUGGAUCUGAACACAGUGAAUAAACACCUCAGUCUGUCUGAGGACAAAAGAGAGAUUACUGUCUCUAGCACAGAUCAGCCGUAUCCUGAUCAUCCAGACAGAUUUGAUGUGUUUGAGCAGGUGUUGUGUGAAGAGAGUGUGUGUGGACGCUGUUACUGGGAGCUGGAGCGGGGAGGAGGUGAAGCGUAUGUAUCAGUGUCAUAUAAGAGCAUCAGCAGGAAGGGACGGGGUGAUGAGUGUAGAGCCCAGCAGCUGCAGUAG